AUGGGGGCUUGGGCCCAGCCGUGGCCCCCCCUGCUGCUCAUGGCGCUGCUUGGUCGACCCCCGGGGGCCGAGGCCCAGGCCCAGGUCUGCUCUGUGAGCAAGACCUUCUUCGAAAUCGAAGAGAACACGAACUUCACCGAGCCCCUGGUUGACAUCCUCGUCCCGGGUGACCAGCAGGUGACCCUCGGAUCCUCGUCCACCCUCUUCGCAUUUCGGAUCCUGGAGAACCAGCUGUUUCUCAACGUGACUCCUGAUUAUGAGGAGAACCCGCUGCUGCAGGCUCACCUGGAGUGCAAGAGGAGGGGCGUGCUGGUGACCCAGCUGAGGGUGUUUGUGGCGGUGCUGGACCUCAAUGACAACGCCCCCGUGUUUCCCUUCGCAACCAAGGAGACGGCCGUGGAGGAGGACACCAAAGUGAACUCUACCGUCAUCCCUGAGACAGCACUGGAGGCCGAGGACGCCGACGAAGAUGACAUCUUGUUCUACACCCUCCAGGAAGUGACCGUGGGCGCCCGUGACCUCUUCUCCCUGCUGGGUGCCAACCGUCCCGUGCUGAGACUGGACCGGCCCCUGGACGUCUACAAGUGGCCGAACAUGACCUUCCGGCUGCUGGUGCGGGACACGGCGGAGGAGAACGCAGAGCCCAGCCACACGGCCACCGCCACCCUGGUGCUGCAGGUGCUGCCGGCCGACCUACGGCCCCCGUGGUUCCUGCCCUGCGCCUUCUCGGAUGGCUACGUCUGCCUGCAGGCCCAGUACCGCGGGGCCGUCCCCACGGGACACAAGCUGCCGGCCCCGCUUGUCCUGCGUCCCGGGCCCAUCUACGCUGAGGACGGGGACCGGUCCCUCAACCAGCGCAUCAUCUAUGGCAUCUUGAGUGGAAACGUGAAUGGUACGUUCGCCCUCAGCCCAGACUCGGGCAACCUCACCAUGGCGCAGAGCGUUCCCAGCCCGACGACCUUCCUCUUGGUGGUGAAGGCCGAGCAGGCCGACCUCGCCCGCUACUCCGUGACCCAGGUCACUGUGGAAGUCCUCGCUGCCACCGGGAGCCUGCCCGGCUUCCCCCAGAGCCUGUACCGUGGCACCGUGGCGCGGGGCUCUGGAGUGGGCGUUGCUGUCCGGGACGCAGCCGCCCCCUCUCAGCUCCUGAGGAUCCAGGCUCAGGACCCGGACUUCCCGGACCUCAACUCGGCCAUCACGUAUCAAGUCACCAACCACUCCGACUUCCGGAUGGACGGGGAGUUCAUGCUGACCACCACUUCGCUGGCACACCUGGGGGUCUUCUAUGCAGAGGUGGAGGCCAAAAACACGGUGACCUUGGGCACAGCAACCACAGUUGUUGAAAUACAAGUCUCGGAACAGGAACCCCCCUCCACAGGGAUGCCGGAUGGUGGCCUCGCUGACGGUAAGCGCUUCUCCGUGGGGGACAUGGCCACCCUGGGCGGGGUGCUGGGCGUGCUGCUGCUGCUGGCCCUAUUAGGCCUGGUGGUCCUGGUCCAUAAGCACUACGGCCAGCGACUGAAGUGCUGCUCCCACACGGCUCCGGAUCCCCAGACCCCCGGCUUUGAUAACCAGGCCUUCGCCAAUGGCCACGAGGCCAACUGGGCACCGGCCCCCAGCCCUGGGCACGUUCCCAAGACCACGGAGGCACCGCCCACGGCCACGGACCCCGCGCCCCGCGAACCUCCGGCGUCGCCGGCGCUCCCCAGCCCCGGGUCGCCUGCGGUCCCCGCUGGGGGAAGCCCCACCGCCGUGAGAUCCAUCCUGACCAAGGAGCGGCGGCCACAGGGCGGCUACAAGGCGGUGUGGUUUGGUGAGGACAUCGGAGCCGAGGCCGACGUGGUCGUGCUCAACGCGCCCAGCACGGAUGCGGACGGCGCCGGCGACUCGGGCGACGAGGACGCGGAGGCGGACUCGGGCCGGGGCGGGAGUCCCCACGACUAG